GUUCCGGAGCAUAUAUAAACCCGAAAUUUCUGUUACAAAUCAAUUUGUGAAAAAUUGUCAAGUGCAAUAGUCGACAGUUCAGUGAAGUAACGUUAACAUUAUUCAAAUAACAACUAAGUCAUGGCAUUAUUAUCAUCAAUAAGAAGAGCAUUUCAAGACAGUCUCGAUGUAUAUCUCUUGGAGGCAGUAAAGACAAAAGAUUUGACAAAAAUCCAUCAAAUCGUCAUGGACCAAGUACCCGACAUUCCGCCAAAUGCAAUGAACCCUGCAAGACUUAUGUAUUUGGCUCUGGCAAACAAAAAGUUUGACUUAGCUCAAGAAAUAUAUACGACUUUUGUGGGCUAUGCAAUAGAUGAUUAUGUGGAAUACAACGAUGAAGGAGAGUGUGUGGGGUGGACUGCGUUGCAUUUUGCUGUGGAUAACAAGAACCGCAAGGCAGUCAAGUUCUUAUUAAAAAGAGGAGCCGACGUUAACUGUAAAAAUGAAGAGAAAGAUCAACCAAUCAAUCUGGCUGUUGAUAACAAAGACAUUAAGAUUACUAGAUUGCUUUUAAGUUACGGAGCUGACAAGAGGCAUUGCCAGAAUUGGCUAGUUACACCAGACAAUAAAAGAAAACAAUCACGUCGUCGUAAUAAAAAAAAAAUAAUUUUGGUGGAUGGUCCGGAAAAUGGGUAUUUUGUCAAUUUCAAAUGUAAAAAACGUGGUCAAGGAUUAGGACAUUCAAAAAUAUUUGCAAUUUCUGUUUCAAAGAUUUUUUAAUCGUGGUUUCAUACAUCAACGUUUUCAAUUUUAAUUCAUACGACUCAUUUCAAUCAUUAUUAACAUAAAAAAUUUUUUUAUAAAAAUCAUUUCAUUAACAUAAACCAUAAAAAGCUUUAACACCAAAACCUAUUUCGUUUCAGUGAUAUCAUCGAAUUUCCCAAAUCGAAUAUCGAAUCUUGCGAUUCGAAUAUGGAAUUUAGCGAAUCGAAUAUCGAAUGUUCCGAAGUGUAUACCGAUUUUUCCGAAUGGAAUAUCAUUAAUACCCCGAUUCAUCAUCUCAUCACGUAACCAAGGAUACGAAUUAAAGAAAUUAAAAAUAAGUCAUCAAAAACAUCAAAAACCUUUUUUUUAAACUUUUCUUAAAUUGUGAAUUUAUGUGUCAACGCUUUUAAACUUAAUUUAUAUAAAACAUUGUAACUAUAAUAUAGGGGAAAGCCGAGCAAAACGAGGUACUUAAGGAAAUUUUAAAUUUUCGAGGAUUAAAAUACGCUAAAUCUUUUUUAUUUUUAUGAUUGUCAAAGUAAACAGAAAAAAAUUUUAGUUACCGUUAAAAAAAAAAAAUUAUUUUCGCGGGCAAAAUGAGGUACCAUCUAAAAAGGUAAAAAAAAAAUUCUGAGUUUUAAAUGAAUUUAAUUAAAUUAAAUUUGUUGUGAGUAAUUGACAUGAAGAAAAAUUAUAUUUUACAUGGUUAUUUGAUACAAAAAAAAAAUUUUUAAUAGUUUUUAUCAUAGAAAAAAAGUCAUUUUUCGACUGACCCCGUUUUGCUCGGCCCUCCCCUCCAUGAAAAAAAUAUUUUUUGUAAAUUAGUUAUAAGUAUUUUGAACUGAAUUAAAUAUACAAAAAAAAAUUUGUAAUUGUAACAA